AUGAUUGCAUCCCAAAUAAACUGGAAUGCAUUGGACUUUGUACAAAAGAGAGUGGGAAGUCAGCUGCGAAGGUUAAAAAACACAAAGAAAGGUGUGAAAUUGAGCGACGGCAAAGGAUUUGGGGGUAAAGGAAGACAAAGUGAUGGGAAAAUUGAUAUUUUACAGAACUAUGGUCUUGCAGUAAGAAAUAAUAACUUGGCUGAUGUUAACAAAAUGGCCACAGCUAUAAAAUCAACAUUAUUUCAUUAUUUAACAUUAUGUCAUUAUUUCAUUUUUUACAUAAUUUGAUUAUUUCAUUAUUUCAUAAUUUUAUUUUCUCAUUAUUUCAUUAUUUUCAUUUUUUCAUUAUUUCAUUAUUCAACAUUAUUUCAUUUUUUACAUAAUUUCAUUAUUUCAUUAUUUCAUUACUUCAUAAUUUCAUUUUUCAACAUUAUUUCAUUAUUUCGACUGAGUAAAAUUCACAGCAUCAUCUUUGUCCUGAUGGUGACGACAGUUGGUGCGAAUACAAGAGAGAGAAAGAGUCAAAUAAACACAAGAAUGGCAUACCUCAGUGCAUUGUUCAUGAAAUUGAGCAAGUUUGUGAUGACUUAAGUAACUCCGAUCUGCUUCAGAAAUACACGCAUCGUUUGACCCAAAAUGUCAACAAAUGCUUGAGUGGGCUAAUUUGGGAUCGAUGUUCGAAGACCGCCUACGUGGAACAGUCCACUGUUGCACAGUCCACUGUUGCACAGUCCACUGUCGCUAUUUUGAACUAUCUUACGAAUUGGAGCGAAGAACAUUGUACAUAA